AUGGCUGGGUUGGUGUACCACGUAUAUGAGGGAUGCAAGCGGAUAUGCUCACUUGCGCAAGGUUUAGUUUGCCCAUCAUAUUUCAGAAGAAUUGCAACACUUAUUGUCCAUCCAAAGACCCUGGGAGGUGAAUCGGCUAGACCCAUUUACGAUUCACGAAUACGAGUCGACUACGAAACCGGUUUAAAAAGUACUAGUCUAUAUAUUCACCAAAGGAUUUUCGAGUGUUGCGAUGAUAAUUAUCAGCCUCCUUAUAUUUACUACCUCCCUGCCGCGUGUCCAGAGGGUUACCGACCACCUUCCCCUCCUCAUUUCAACCCUUCUAACCCACUUCCCGAAUUCCUCCCUGCCGAAUCUCCAGAUGGUUACCAACCUUACCCUCCUCAUUUCUACCCUUCAACCCCAUUUCCCUCAUCAUACACCACAUACCUCCCUUAUCCCUAUAAAGGUUAUGAUCUUUCAGGUACUAUGCCUCCCUACUCGGAAGUUGGGGAUAAAGAAGGCUGGUAUGAUAGGACCCCUAGGGAAAAGACCCUAGCCGACUGUCGUAAACAGCUUGAGUAUUAUUUUGAUCCUAAUCCCAAUAAAAAGUGGCCUUUUGGGCCUCGAAAAGCAGGUCCAGAGGAUUAUCCGAGUUUGAGGAGGGCAGAAGCUUUGAAGAGGGGAGAAGGAGGUUCUACAUCUUCUUAG